CGGUUGCUUAUGUGGCAGCCUACGUGUGAUUAAUUUUUGUUUUUCUUUUAAAUUAUGUUGUAUUAAAUUAGCUUAGGUGGUAUUUACUUCUACAUUCAGAAUCCCUAAUUCUACGUUCAAAAUCCCUAAUCCAAAAAACAUUUCAGAAUCCCUAAUAGAAAGGUGUGGUCCCUUGUGUUCCCUUCAAUCCCUCAGCGCGCCCCUGUGGUCCCUCCAUUGACGAAGAUUGCGCAGCUUGUUGCGGUUCCAAGAACGACAAGGAAAUGGGUUUAUUUAAAGUAGUUUUCUAUACGAAAGGUUCUUUUGUAAAGGAUGAAGGGUUAACAUAUGAAGGGGGGAACGUUUAUGCUGUUAGUGGUCAAGACCCAGAUUAUUGGUCAUAUUUUGAAGCAGUUGACUUGAUUAAGGAUAUGGAUUCUGCAUUUAAAGUCGAAGAUGUUAAGAUGUGGUGGAAGACAGAAAAGGAAAGUCUUGGAAAUGAUCUUAAACCAUUUGAUAAUGAUGUUGAUGCAAGUAAGUUAGCUGUGUGUGCUGAGGAGAAUAAGUGUGAUGUCGAGAUAUACGCAGAGACAAGAUUACCUGGUAGUGAGAAGACUUUCAUGGAGAGGUUAAUAGGGAAAGAAAAAGGCCAUGUUGUUGAUGAGGAAAUUGAAGAGGUUAAUAGUGAAUCAUCUGAGGACUCAUUGAAUGGCAUACACUUUGAAGACAGUGAAGAGGAGAGAAUGCAUGAUUUUGAUGAUCUCAUUGGUGAAGGUCCAAGUCAUGUGGAGAAGGGGGGAAGAGCUGGGAUUGAUGAUGCUGGUAAUGGUGUUGGUGCUGGGACAAGUAAUGUGCAUGAUCCUGUGAAAGCAAUGAUAUCACCAAGGAAAAAGACUGCUGUUGUUACAUCUCCUACAAGAAAAAGUGACAGGCUUAAUACAUUAAGGACAAAAAACAUAAUGGGGCCUGGAAGGGAUGCAGAGGAACCACUUGUAAUUCCUGAAGAUGAUGAAGAAGAAAGUGUAGGCAGUGCUAUAGGGUCAAGCAAGUGGGAAGACAUCCAAAGGAACAUGACUCAAUGA